AUGUCUCCUAAAGUAACUACUAUUCCAUCAUCCAUCAAAUCGACACCGGUAAGCACGUCAACUAACAAACCAGCCACCGCCACUCUUGGCACCGGUGUCAGUGUUACUUGGACCUAUUCUUCUGGAAUAACGACAGUUCAAAUGGUUGCGAACGAUUUACAAGUUCAACAAUGGGUGGCGUUGGGUCUAUCACUCGAUGAAGAGAUGGUAACUUUAGUUUUAUACUAACACAUUCUUCAGCGUAAAGUGUUUAUUUUAAGGGUGAAGACCAC